AUGAUUGCCGAUUGGACUAAAGACCAAUGGAUUGACCGAAAGGCAGAAUUCGUGGAUAAAACCCCAGUUGAGUACAUCUUGACCGUACCAGCUGUCUGGUCGGAUAGGUCCAAGAGCGACACCUUAAAGUGCGCUGUUGAUGCUGGGUUCUGCUCUGCAGGAGAGGUUUCAUUGAUCACGGAGCCUGAAGCAGCGGCGGUAUACACAUUUACUACACUACCCGAAUAUUCAAUUAAGAAGGGGACUAUAUUCUUGACCUGUGAUGCUGGUGGAGGAACUGUGGAUCUUAUUACCUAUAGAGUCUUGGAUACCAAACCGGUCCUUAAAGUUGAGGAGGCAACCUUAGGCACAGGGGGCCUCUGCGGAUCUGUAUACCUAAACCGAAGAUUUGAAGACUUCGUCGCAAAGAAAAUCGGUAAAUAUCUAGAUGCACUUCCAAGGGUAGCAUAUCUCGAAGGAAUGACGGAGAUCCACCGAGCUUUCAACGAAGAAGUCAAAACGGACUUUGGUCAUGGACUCGAAGAUGAGAAGGAGUACACUAUCGAAGUGCCUGCCGGUAUCCCGGACAGCGAAGAAUCAGGUGUACGAGACGGCUGCCUGGUUAUCAGGCAAAAGGAUUUGGAGGAGGUGUUCGACCCAGUCAUUGAUCGCAUCGUCAUGCUCAUAGCAGAGCAGAUCGAAGCUGUCUCCGAGCUGCCGGGUGAAAAUAAGGUCUCUGCAAUCUUGCUGGUGGGCGGGUUCGGAAGCAGUGAGUAUCUGAGGAGGAAGAUUGAAGGCAAUCCAUUAUGGGAAGGAACGGAUGUUAUUCAGCCUGUGAAUGCGUGGUCUGCUGUAGUUCGAGGAGCGUUGUUACGCGGACUACAAGGCGAUAUAGUUAGCACUCGCAAGAUUAGAAACUUCUACGGAAUUGAGUAUAGACAAACUUGGGAACCAGAGAUUCACGAAGUUGGCGACUUUGCAAACGAAGCUGCACAGCAUAAAGAAUGGAGUGACGUAGAACAACGCUACUUCUGUGCCCAGAGAAUGAACUGGUACGUCAAAAGGGGAGACGAGUUCUCUAGCUCGAUGGUGGUUAACUUCCCCUUCUACCGCGCGAUCACCGAUACCGCACAGCUUCGCUUCACGGAAGAGCUCAUCACGUAUACCAGUAGCGGGGAUGCUCCCGACUUUAUAAACUCUCAAUGCUCCGUUCUAGCUGGUAUCGAGGUAGAUUUAACCUCCUUUCCGCUGGGGACCUGGGAAAUGGUACAAAGUUCUGCAGGGUCUUACUACAAGGUUGACUACGCGCUCGAAAUGAGCUUUGAAGCGGCGAUUUCGUUCAAAGUAGUCUGUAAAGGAGCUGUGGUUGGAGAGAUCGUGGCAGAUUAUGACAAGAAAUAG